AGUGCCAACAUCAUAUUCAUUCUGAUCCAGAUUUUUAGUUCGAUUGCUCAAGUUUCACCGACAGUGCGUUACUGCAUCCGUAAUUAAUGCACUAUUAUAACAAAAAAUCAAUACAAACUAAAAUAAGUAUUCGUAACUGUGAUUAUUAUUGUAAGACAGCCGCUAAAGUUCCUUGUACAAGUUAUAAAUAAUCCAUGAAUGAAUAAACGAAGACAUGACGUAAGGCAGCAGUUAAAAGUGAACCAACUAUUCAUAGUUGUGGCCGUAGCGUUGGUGAAAAACCAUGGAUUUCUUGUCCGACUACGACGAACAACUGUCAGCCAACGACACGUACGAUAUUAAUUUCGGUAAGCGAAUUCAACGAACAGGGAAAAUCUUCUCGUACACCUUCUGGAGGACGGAAAUCGAAGGCGAGAUAUUCUGGAGUGUGCAAGGUAAUAAGCCGGAUGGCUCGGCCUGGAUUGUGACAAAGUAUUUCGGGGCUCGGGAAGAAGGCAAGCGAUAUCAACAGGAAAUCAUUCUGCAUCACCCGGUCGAGAAAAAAAUCAAAAUGUUUUACAUGGCUUCGUGUAGUGAGGGCAUGAACUGUAUCAAGAUCUCCAAGCAGAUCAUACACCACUUCAAGACUUCCGACAACAGUUUCCAUUUUGAGUUUAGGUUGCUGAAACUGAAGCGGAGGCCGUACCCCAGAAGGAUGCUGUUCGAGGACAGCGAAUAGAUGUGUUAUUUAUAAUUUUUAUACAAUUCACACUCAAACAAGUGUGAGCAGAUUUUUCUAUGUGAUUAAAUAUUGUUUUAAUUAAAACCCUAUCUCCAAUUACAAA